UGUAACUCAACAGCGCAAACCUCUGGUGCGUUGUGAAAACUUCAGAUCUGCGCCACAGCUGCGAUGUCUUCGAGACUUGUCUGUCGUUUUUUCUAUUCGCGGAGUUCGUCAGGAAUACGGGGCCUGACAAACUACUGUUUGUCCUGUUGUGUGAACACAUUAUUGCAGACUCUCUCUGCCACUUGGGAACUAGUGCAGUUGCUUGACAGGUGGGAUACAGCUCACUUGAGAGCAGAUGACAGCUGUAAUGUCCCGCUUCAAUUGAAAAAAUUUCUUGUUGCUAUGCAAAGUGAGGAGUCUGUUUCACAUCGAAAUUUCCUGCACUGUCUGGACAGAAACGGAGUUCAACUUGACACACAACAUGAUGCAGAUGAGGUUUUCCUGUUUAUCCUCAACUUAAUUCAAAAACAGAUGGAUGACACUAUUCUGGCUGAACAGAUCCAGGCUUUGUAUAAAAUAUCAAUGGAGACCUAUGUCCAGUGUGUGGACUGUGACUCAGUCCAAACCAAAGAAAACUACCUGCUGAGCCUGCCUCUACAUGUGAAAGAGUAUCACACAUCACUGGAGCAGUGUUUAACAUCAUUCUUUGAGGAACACAAACUCACAGGCAUAAACUGCUGCUUCUGUGUUCAAUGUGCAGUCAAGACCCCUACCAAACAAGUAUGUUUAAUAUACAACAGUAGCAUUUCAGCCACUGCAAAUGCAAAUCAGUAUAUUAUAUUUUAUUUUCAGGGUGUUCGGCUGCUCUCCUUGCCACCCAUAUUGUGCAUACAGCUUAAGCGUUACCGCAAUCAUGGCGGGUUUACACGUAAACUUAGUUAUGAGGUGACUUUUCCUGAAAUGCUUGACUUAUCAAGAGUACAUCAAGCUUUCUCCAAAGACUUCAGUCAGCCUCAAUGCCAGUACACUCUUUAUGCAGUAGUGGUGCAUUCAGGGUCUGCAAGUUGUGGUCACUACACAGCUUAUGUCCGUCAUAGAGACAUGAGCUGGUACUACGCUGAUGACAGCCACACUCGCCAGGUUUCAUGGGACAAGGUGCAGACAUCCUAUGGAGGAGAGCUCAGACAUACAGCAUACAUGUUGAUGUAUAGAAGAGAAGAAAGCAGCACAACUGGUAUAAAAUGCCACAAAGAGACAACCAAAUAGGAAACACAAGUACUCAUGUAUUGUCUUUAUGUAUUGUAAUUUAAUGACUGUUUGGCAACACUAAAUACAUUUGCGAUGGAGAACCAGUAGGUGGUGGUGAAGACUUAAAACAGGGCAACUCUUGGCUCUCAGACCACACACACGGAGAAUGAUUAUGGUUGGUUUAACAGACUGCUUAGUAGUUAAAUGUUCACUGUUUUGGGGGAAAUACCUGCAAUAAGACCCACUGUCUGUUAUGAUAAAAAUAAAGGAAUUGAAAUUGAA